CAUCAGAACUCAUCCGUACGCGCCCAUCUCACGGCAUACACUCACACCAUCGUUCUCAGACGGACGAUUGUUGCAUACUCAGUAUGGCGUCGAGUGCGGUGCAAGCGUCCCCGAAUGCCAAUGCUGACAUGCAGGCGCAGCGGGAACCCCAGCAAGAGGAGGAAGAGGGAGCAGGAGCAGCUCCCACUGUGCCACCACAAGCGCCAGGGCCGCGAUACCAGUAUCAGCUCCUCUACUCCAAGUCUCGCGUCACACUCCACCCUACACCAUACUCAAAGGACAACAUACCUGGUUACCUUGCACUACUUCGCCGGCACAAGAUCCGCAAAGCAUCCGUAGAUUCACAAGCUUCUUCUUCUGCCGGUCCUUCCUCACAACCCCUACGUAGGCAGUUCUCCACUCAGGACAACAGCUACGAUGUCAUGCUCAGCUGGCUACCAGAGGAGCUGGUCAAGGAUCGUAGCGAGACGGCUAAAUUCGUCGAUGUAGAGCUCAGAGAGGCCGAAGGGGCAUCGCAGAGGGGCGAAGAGGAGACGGAAUGCACAGUCAUGCAUUCCGAUAGUGGAAAAGUGCUUAGCAUGAGGGAAGUCGUAGAGAACGAGUCCAUCCUCGUGCAACCUCCGCCGCUAGCGUCGCCAUCAACCUCAUCGACCUCCCCUGCAUCCUACGCCUUCUCACAUCCGCUAGGCAUGCUGUACUCGCUGCAAGCCACGCCGCCAACAAUCUCAAAUUGGUACGGCUCCCUCACCAUCUGCCUUGUUGGAGGUCAGACGCUCGCGCCCCUCUACUUUCACGAUGAUGAGAGCAGGACUACUAUCCUAGGAAUGAUCCGCGCAAGCAAGGCGCCUGCGUACCCUCCCACCAUCAUCUCUCCUUCUGCGCCAUCGCCACCUGUAUGGGGAGGCGACGAGCUCGUACAACAGCUCAAGAAGUACGCUUUCAUCCACAGAUCGGUACAUGACCACCGCAUCUUCCUGGUGAACCCAGAUCCAGAGGAUCUGGAGAUGCACAGUACACCAAUCUUUGCAGAUGACGCUCUGGACCUCUCUCCAACGGCGGCGAGGAGACGUCAGAGCGGACGUCAUUCAGGUAUGCCCCACGAUGCAUUUGCUUUUCCGGACGACCCUUUUGCACCGAGCUACGGGUCGAGGGCUAGCGACAGUGGAGCAAGUACGCCGACGCGCGAUAGCAAUCGAGACUCUUUCAGCUCCUGGGCAAAGACGACGCGGAUGUCUCUCCUGUCAUCCUUCUCGCAUGUGACUAGAUCAGCAAGAGAUGCCUCGCGUCAGAUUCUGACUUCACCAAAUACCGCGCCGUACGCCGCAAAAUUGCCAGCAGCCGUCCAGUCUUUUGCGCAGGCCGGACCUCUUGGGCCAUUUGGACCUACCAGCGAUGACGUCUCCAAGCUGAGCCAGAAGGCUGGAGUGAUGGAGUACGACUCUGCCAGAGUGUAUCUUGCCAAGUGGGCCAGACUUGUGGCUGAGGAGGGAGAGAGGAGCAAGCGUAGAGAAGAGGCAAAGGGAGGCGCCGUAGAGGGCGGCAGGACGUCCAUGACGGAAGAGGGCGGACUCGGGGGAUUCGAGAUCCUCGAGCGUGGUUCAGCUACGCCUCUUCAGCUCACGAGGCGCUACGACCCGGUUCAACUGGUCGAAUUCCAGUCCUGGUUCGAUCCGCAUGAUGGAAGACCGAGGAUAUCGUUUGACGAGUUCAAGUCUCGAGUCUUUGCAAGGGGACUUGCACCAUCCACGCGCAAGUUGGCGUGGCCUUUCCUCCUCGACGUCGUGCCGUGGAACACAAGUGCUGCCGAGCGAUCGGCAUACUUUGCUGAGAAGGCCGAAAAGUAUCGACGUCUGAAGUCGUUGUGGGCCGCAGAGGACUCUCCGUCGGCCCAAGCUCUGAGGGGGAGAGACGACGUCAUAGAUCAGCGGCACCGCAUCAGAGUGGACUGUCUACGGACAGAUCGGAAACAGCCAAUGUUCUCCUCUGGUGCCAAGACGGACGGAGAUGGUGGUGACGACCACGAGGAGCCGGAAGCAAAAAGCGCUGCAUCGCCUGUCUCUAGAAAGGCCUCACUUGCGGGCAUCCAGUCUCGCCAGGCCGGACAAGGCGAUUCUACCAAUGCUCACAUCCUCGCACUAGGUGAGGUACUCCUCACCUACACCUUCUACGACACUCUGGGCCCAGCAGUGCUGGCCGAAGAGGAUGCGGAGUAUGGCAAACUCCUUGAAGGCAGGAGGAUCGACGAGGGCGAAGUGGGAGGGUACGUGCAGGGCAUGAGCGACCUCUGUGCGCCAUUGUACAUCAUCAGUGAAGGAGACGAGGUCGAGGCCUUUUGGAGUCUGGUCGGGCUCAUGAAACGAAUGCGACCCAAUUUCCUUUCCUCCCAAGCAGGCAUGAAGACCCAACUCCUGCAUCUCCAAUCCCUCAUUCGUCACGCCGACCCGCCACUGUAUGCGCACUUGGAGCAAACAGGUUCUCUGAACCUCUUCUUCUGCUUCCGCUGGCUACUAGUACGAUUCAAGAGGGAGUUCCCGCUGGACGAGGUGCUGAGGAUUUGGGAAUGCUGCUUGGCACUAGAGCCAAGCAACGACGGUAGCAGCGGCAACAGCAGCAGCAGCAACAGUAGCGCAACCGACCAACUCUCUUCUGCCCCCUCUCCCUCUCCCUCUGCCCGUCCCUCCACCUCACACCUGCAUCUCUUCCUCUGUCUCUCCCUCCUCCUCUCCAACCGAACACCCACCAUCGAGUAUCUCGACUGUUUUGAUGAAGUUCUUCAAUUCUUCCAGGGAUUAGCAGGUCAUAUGGAUGUCGAGGCUUGUUUAGGCGGGGCGGAGAGGGCUUGGAAGGGCUUGAGGAGGAGGGUGGAAGAGGUACUUGAGGAGGAGGGGAAGAAGGAGGGUGAUGAAGAGGGAGAGGAAGAGGAAGAGGAAGAGAUGGGAGUAGAAGAGAAGAGUUUAUUGGAGAUUAGAGAAUUGGUGGGCUUGUAAACCUGGAGAAACAGUCUUUUGUACACUACCUAUGCAUCACCCUUUUUCAACAGAGUUUGAGCAAUCGUUGCUAUCCUGGCCUAGCGCUCUCUCUCUCUCUCUUCAUCAGUCACACACCACAUCACAUCACACCACAUCACAUCACACCACAUCAUACUGCUCACGGCGCGC